AUGGUGAAUUCUGAAGUUCCUCUUGUUGCUAGUACAAUUACAACCACUCUAUAUACACCAGACCGUUCUAGUCCCCUUUUCAUUCAUUCUUCUGAUAUUCCCGAAACCUAUUUAGUUAGUACUCCGUUUAAUGGGUCUGAUUAUGGUGGAUGGAAAAAGAGUAUGAUAGUUUUUUUGUCAGCUAAGAAUAAAAUAGGUUUUGUUGAUGGAUCCUGUCCUAAGCCAAUGUUUGGUAAGAAUCCUGCGAUGAUUCGUCAAUGCGACAGAUACAACAACAUGGUUAUUUCCUGGUUAACUAGCUCACUUUUACCAACUAUUGCUGAAAGUGUACAAUACUCGGAGUCAGUUGAAAGUAUCUGGAAGCAGUUAGAAUGUAUGUAUGAGACUGUGAAUGGAACUAAAUUUUUUGAGAUAAAGAGCGAAUUGGCUUCUACUCAGCAAGGUUCCCUUGAUGUUGCUUCAUAUUUCAACAAAUUAAAGAAGCUCUGGGAUAAGUUAGGAACAAUGCGCAAAAAUCAUGAAAAUUCUUGUACUUGUGCUUCAAAGCUUGAUAUUCAAAGGGAUGAAGAAAGAAGACAAGUUACACCAAUUCCUUAUGGGGUUAAAUGA